AUGCUCUAGAAUGGCGGAAGAAGAAGACACCAUACCAGUAGAGGAAAUGGUUCUGAGUUUGGUAGACCAGACAGGCAGUAUCAAUACAAGCGAUGUAGCCAAAAAAUUGAAUGUAGAUCAUCAAGUAAUCGUUGGCACAGUAAAGAGUCUCCAAUCUCUUGGAUCCGGAAAUAUUAUUAUCGCAAAACAACAGCAGUCUGAACGGUGGGAGUUGACAUCUGAAGGAGAGGAAGUUGCACAGAGAGGAAGUCACGAGGCUAUCUUGUUUGCGGCGAUUCACCCAGAAAAAGGCACUUUGCAAUCACAUUUAAUGAAAUCCUCCCCAAAUGCAAAAGUGGGAUUUAGCAAAGCAAUGUCGGCUGGUUGGCUCACUAUAGAUAAAAAAGGAGAGGACGGUCCAAGAGUGUUUCGGAAGGUCAAUACCAUUGUGGACACAGUGCAGCAGCAAUUGCAACAAGUUGCAGCUGGGAAUGUGACAGAAGUGUCCGACCAGCAAUUGAAGGAAUUGAAGAAGAGGAAGCUGAUCAACAUGGUUGUUGUGAAGAGCUUUCUGGUAACAAAGGGAUCUGAAUUUACUACUUCUCUCGAGAAGCCCGAGACAGACCUCACACCGGAGAUGUUGGCAAGUGGUUCGUGGAAAGACAAGAAGUUCAAACCAUAUAACUUUGACUCUUUGGGUGUGAUGCCUCCAAGUGGUCAUCUUCACCCACUGAUGAAAGUGAGGACCGAAUAUCGCCAGAUCUUCUUAGAAAUGGGGUUUAGUGAAAUGCCAACAAAUAACUUUGUUGAAAGUUCUUUCUGGAAUUUCGAUGCUCUGUUUCAACCCCAGCAACAUCCAGCACGAGACAUGCACGACACAUUUUUUGUCAAAGAACCUCGUCAUGCAACUGAUUUUCCAAUGGAUUACUUAGAGAGAGUGAAGACAGUCCAUUCUGAAGGUGGCUAUGGAUCUCAAGGGUAUUUAUAUGACUGGAAACUAGAGGAAGCUAAAAAGAACAUUCUGCGGACACAUACAACAGCUGUUAGUGCAAGAAUGCUCUACAAACUGGCUCAGCAGGAAACAUUCAGACCAGCCAAGUAUUUCUCUAUUGAUCGAGUGUUUCGUAAUGAAACCCUAGAUGCAACACACCUUGCUGAAUUCCACCAAAUCGAGGGAGUAGUUGCCGACUAUAAUUUGACUCUUGGUGAUCUCAUUGGCAUUCUUUACGAAUUUUUCAAGAAGCUCGGAAUAAUGAAACUUCGUUUCAAACCUGCUUUUAAUCCUUACACUGAGCCAAGCAUGGAAGUCUUCAGCUAUCAUGAAGGACUGCAAAAGUGGGUCGAAAUAGGCAACAGUGGCGUCUUCAGACCCGAGAUGUUGCUACCAAUGGGAUUACCCAAAGACGUCUCCGUUAUAGCAUGGGGAUUGUCACUGGAAAGGCCAACAAUGAUCAAGUAUGGGAUAGACAAUAUCCGGGAUAUGGUUGGUCACAAAGUUAACCUUCAGAUGGUUCAAGACAAUCCAUUAUGUAGACUAGACAAAUCUCCACAAUGAUUGGCAAAAUUAGUACUUUGAAUGAG